AGGCACCACUACACGUCUGUGCCGGUCCUGGCAGGAUGACAGUUCUCAAGGCUCUUUAACUGCGGGUCAGUGAGCGGCCCAUUCUGACAGAAAAUUGGAUUAGAACAACGAGCGCUGUUUAAGAAACGACUUUUAAGACCGACUCCUCCUCCGUCACGCCACCCUUCCCACGAGACCGUCGGGUGUUUGACCUUUCGCUCAGGUUGUUCUGUAUUCCUCGUGCCAACAAUAUCCCGUUCAGUAGUAAUUCUACCAGCCGCUGCGGACAUGUCAACAUCCAGCGAAUGCAGCUACAGCUAUGAGGAUUACAAAGAAACAGCAGACUGGCUGCUUGCUAACACAGACAUCAGGCCCAAAGUGGCAAUUAUCUGUGGUUCAGGACUCGGUGGAUUGGCUGACCUGCUGGAAAACAAGAAUGUGUUUCCUUAUGACACAAUCCCCCGCUUUCCCCACAGCACAGUGCAAGGACAUAAAGGUCAGCUGGUGUUUGGAGAGCUGAAUGGGAAGCAGUGUGUCUGCAUGCAAGGCCGUUUCCAUUUCUACGAGGGCUAUAACGUUGCCACGGUCACAUAUCCAGUAAGAGUGUUUUUCCUUCUCGGGAUUGAGACUGUGAUCGUGACCAAUGCUGCUGGAGGACUCAAUACUAAAUUUAAAGUGGGUGACAUCAUGCUUAUCAGAGACCAUAUCAAUAUGCCUGGAUUUGCUGGCCAAAAUCCUUUGUGUGGACACAAUGAGGAAAGAUUUGGAGUGCGCUUUCCCUGCAUGUCUGAUGCUUAUGAUAGAGACUUGGCACGGUUGGCCAGGGAAACUGCCCAAGAUCUGGGCUGUGCCUCUUUCCUUCAGGAGGGUGUUUACUGCAUGUUGGCUGGACCGUCCUAUGAGACAAUUGCAGAAUGCAGGGUUCUACAGCUGCUUGGGGCAGAUGCUGUGGGUAUGAGUACCGUUCCAGAGGUGGUGGUCGCUCGGCACUGUGGGAUGCGUGUGUUUGGACUCUCCCUUAUUACCAACAAGGUCGUGACUGACUACAACAGCAAGGAAAGGGCUAAUCAUGAAGAGGUCCUGGAAACCACCCGUAUGCGAACCGAAGACCUGCAAAAGAUAGUCAGCAAUUUAGUGACAAACAUGUAGCGUAACCACUUACCACAUUUAGCGCAAAAAUUUUGCGGCUGCUCUUGAAAUACUUCCGCACAGAUUUGCACUUCCACCCAGACAGCUUAACAAUGUAGAAUGGCAUACAGUGUAGGACUACUCCUUAAUGCUUCUCAUGUAUCUUAUUCAGGGUUCAAGUAACUUUAUGGACUUUGCAGUGCCUCAAGACUCGCUGAGUCAAAAUUUAGGCUAGGUUCAUUUAGUUUACUUUUGAUAUUGUCCACACCGCAGUAAAAACUGUGGUACAAAUAUAUGACUGUGAGACUAGAUAUUAAUAUGACACGUAUACUCUGUAUGAUGCAUUCACAUCCUUCCUGAAAUGAAAAUUGGGAUAGUUCACCCAAAAAAGACAAUUUUGUCAUUACUUACUUACCCUUAAGUUGUUUUAAACCUGUUUGAAUUUCUUUCUUCUGUUGAACACAAAAGAAGAUAUUUUAAAGAAUGUUGAUAAACAGACAGUUGAUGGCACCUAUUGACUUCCAUAGUAGAAAAAAAAAUACUAUGGAAGUCAAUAGGUGCCGUCAAUUGUCUGCUUACCAACACUUUGUUCAGCAGAAGAAAGAAACUCAUACAGGUUUGGAACAACAAGGGGGUGAGUAAAUGAUGACAGAAUUUUCAUUUUUGGGUGAACUAUCCCUUUAAGAACAACUAAAAUUAGCAACGUUACAUAACCAUCAGUAUUCCUGUCACUAUGUCUUGAUAAAAAGAGUUGAAGAACAAACAUACAUUCAAAGGGACAAACACAGACUUGCACUCUAAUACAGUGAUGUAUUCCUCCUCAACUGUAUUAAAGGGAAUUUGGACUAAAUGAGAAGAGCAGUUACAGUACAAUCAGUUACUAAGUUAUCAAUUAAUAUAUGCAUAAGCAAAUGUUUUAUCGUUUUAGUUUUUAUUAACUUGUCUAGAUGUUUCCAAAGAAAUUCACAGAUAAAAUAAUAUGUUGAAAAAACACUUUAUAAAGAUUAGAGAUACUUUACAUUUUUAAUUGUCUAGGAUUGUAAUUUAUUUUACUAUUAACUUUAUUUUGACUCAAAUAUAACAAUACAUGAAAGAAAGAAAAUAAAAAUACAUUUUGAUGUAAA